GGCCACUUGGCGUGUGAGUCGCUUAGGGGAGGAUGGACGGUCUAGUGGCUCAGUGCUCCGCGCGGUUGCUGCAGCAGGAAAAGGAGAUUAAAUCCCUGACUGCAGAGAUCGACCGGCUGAAGAACUGCAGCUACUUGGAACUUUCUCCGAGUUUGGAACAGCUACGAGAGGAAAAUUUAAAAUUGAAGUACAGACUGAAUAUUCUCCGAAGGAGUCUUCAGGCAGAAAGGAGAAGACCAACUAAAAAUAUGAUUAACAUCAACAGCCGCCUGCAGGAAGUCUUCGGCUAUGCCAUUAAGGCUGCAUAUCCAGACUUAGACAGUCCUCCUCUGGUCGUAACACCGAGUCAGCAGCCCAAGUUCGGAGACUAUCAAUGUAAUAGUGCAAUGGGUAUUUCUCAGAUGCUCAAAGCGAAGAAUCAGAAAGUUAAUCCUAGAGAAAUUGCUGAAAACAUUACCAAACACCUGCCAAACAAUGAAUAUAUUGACAAAGUUGAAAUUGCCGGUCCUGGUUUCAUUAACGUGCACUUGAGAAAAGAUUUUGUGUCAGAACAGUUGACCAAUCUCCUAGUAAAUGGAGUUCAACUACCUGCUCUUGGAGAAAAACAAAAGGUUAUCGUUGACUUUUCCUCUCCCAACAUAGCUAAAGAGAUGCAUGUUGGCCACCUCCGGUCAACUAUCAUAGGAGAAAGUAUGAGCCGCCUCUUUGAGUUCGCAGGAUAUGAUGUGCUAAGGUUAAACCAUGUAGGAGAUUGGGGGACCCAGUUUGGCAUGCUAAUCGCUCACCUACAAGAUAAAUUUCCAGAUUAUCUGACAGUUUCACCUCCUAUUGGGGAUCUUCAGGCCUUUUAUAAGGAGUCUAAGAAGAGGUUUGAUGCUGAGGAGGAAUUUAAGAAGCGAGCCUAUCAGUGUGUUGUUUUGCUGCAGAGUAAAAACCCAGAUAUCAUAAAAGCCUGGAAGCUCAUCUGUGACGUCUCCCGUGAAGAGUUUAGUAAAAUCUAUGAUGCAUUGGACAUCACUUUAAUAGAGAGAGGAGAAUCCUUCUAUCAAGAUAGGAUGAACGAUAUUGUAAAGGAAUUUGAAGAUAAAGGAUUUGUACAAGUAGAUGAUGGCAGAAAAAUUGUGUUUGUGCCCGGAUGUUCCAUACCAUUAACCAUAGUGAAAUCAGAUGGGGGCUAUACUUACGAUACAUCUGACCUAGCUGCUAUCAAGCAGAGACUAUUUGAAGAAAAAGCAGAUAAGAUUAUUUAUGUGGUGGACAAUGGACAAGCUACACAUUUCCAGGCGAUAUUUGCUGCUGCUCAGAUGAUUGGUUGGUAUGAUCCGAAAGUAACUCGGGUAGCCCAUGUUGGAUUUGGUGUGGUGCUAGGAGAAGACAAGAAGAAGUUUAAAACACGUUCAGGUGAAACUGUGCGCCUUGUAGACCUGCUGGAAGAAGGACUAAAACGAUCCAUGGACAAGUUAAAGGAGAAAGAGAGAGACAAGGUCCUAACUGAAGAGGAAUUGAAAGCCGCUCAGAUGUCCGUUGCAUAUGGCUGCAUCAAAUAUGCUGACCUUUCCCAUAAUCGCCUCAAUGACUACAUCUUCUCCUUUGACAAGAUGCUGGAUGACAGAGGAAACACAGCUGCUUACUUACUGUAUGCCUUCACUAGAAUCAGGUCUAUUUCUCGCCUGGCCAAUAUUGAUGAAGAGAUGCUGCAGAAAGCUGCUCGAGAAACCAAGAUAGUUUUGGACCAUGAAAAAGAAUGGAAACUAGGCCGGUGCAUUUUACGAUUCCCUGAGAUUUUACAGAAGAUGUUAGAUGACUUAUUUCUCCACACUCUGUGCGAUUAUAUUUAUGAGCUAGCAACUACUUUCACAGAGUUCUAUGAUAGCUGUUACUGUGUGGAGAAAGAUCGACAGACUGGGAAAGUUUUGAAGGUGAACAUGUGGCGGAUGCUCUUGUGUGAAGCAGUAGCUGCUGUCAUGGCCAAGGGGUUUGAUAUACUGGGCAUAAAACCCGUCCAAAGGAUGUAAUUUUACCAGAGUGGCCACUAGUACUGUUUGCUUUUUAAACAGUCAUGCUGACACAAAAAUAAAUAGUAAAGGAAUUUUCACAAUUAA